AUGUUCAGAAAGGGUGUCUUAAUAAUCAGAAAUUUCUUUCUUUCUUUCUUUCUUUCUUUCUUUCUUUCUUUCUUUCUUUCUAUCUAUCUAUUUUCUUCCUAUCAGUUUCUCUUCCUAACAGUUUCCUUCCUAUCAGUUUCUCUUCCUAACAGUUUCACUUCCUAUCAGUUUUUCCUUCUCUUCCUAACUUUCACUCUUCCUAACAGUUUCACUCCUCAGUUUCUCUUCCUAACAGUUUUUCCUAUCAGUUUCUCUUCCAGUUUCUCUUCUUAUUUUUCUCUUCCUUUUUCACUUUUUCUUCCUAACAGUUUCACUUCCUAUCAGUUUCUUUCCUAUUUUCUCUUCCUAUCAGUUUCUCUUCCUAACAGUUUCACUUCCUAUCAGUUUCUCUUCCUAACAUUUCACUUCCUAUCAGUUUCUCUUCCUAACAGUUUCUCUUCCUAUUUUCUCUUCCUAUCAGUUUCACUUCUUAACAGUUUCACUUCCUUUUUCUUCUUCCUUCAGUUUCUCUUCCUAUCAGUUUCUCUUCCUAUCAGUUUCUCUUCCUAUCAGUUUCUUUCUUUCUUCCUAACAGUUUCACUUCCUAACAGUUUCACUUCCUAUCAGUUUCUCUUCCUUUUCACUUCCUAUCAGUUUCUCUUCCUAACAGUUUCACUUCCUAUCAAACAUUUCUCUUCCUAUCAGUUUCUCUUCCUAACAGUUUCUCUUCCUAACAGUUUCUCUUCCUAUCAGUUUCUCUUCCUAUCAGUUUCUCUUCCUAUCAGUUUCUCUUCCUAUCAGUUUCACUUCCUAUCAGUUUCUCUUCCUAACAGUUUCUCUUCCUAUCAGUUUCACUUCCUACUAAAACAGUUUCUCUUCCUAGCAGAUGGUUUCAAAUUUCAUUCUAUCAGUUUCUCUUCCUAUCAGUUUCUCUUCCUAACAGUUUCUCUUCCUAUCAGUUUCUCUUCCCUAACAGUUUCUCUUCCUAACAGUUUGCUUCCUAUCAGUUUCUCUUCCUAUCAGUUUCUCUUCCUAACAGUUUCUCUUCCUAUCAGUUUCUCUUCCUAUCAGUUUCUCUUCCUAACAGUUUCUCUUCCUAACAGUUUCACUUCCUAUCAGUUUCUCUUCCUAACAGUUUCACUUCCUAUCAGUUUCUCUUCCUAUCAGUUUCUCUUCCUAACAGUUUCUCUUCCUAACAUUUCACUUCCUAUCAGUUUCUCUUCCUAUCAGUUUCUUUCUAUCAUUUCUCUUCCUAACAGUUUCAAUCAGUUUCUCUUCCUAUCAGUUUCUUUUAAAGUUUCUCUUCCUAUCAUUUCUCUUCCUAACAGUUUCAUGAGUUUUUUCCUAUCAGUUUCUCUUCCCAAUAACAAUCAGUUUCUCUUCCUAUCAUUUCUCUUCCUAUCAGUUUCUCUUCCAGUUUCUCUUCCUAUCAGUUUCUCUUCCUAUCAGUUUCUCUUCCUAACAGUUUUUCCUAAUGUUCCUCUAUUCUGUCUCUUAACGUGUUUCUUUCUUUCUUUCUUUCUUUCUUUCUUACUUUCUUUCUUUCUUCCUUUCUUCGCUCACAUUUAUUUCCCAAAAACUAUUUUCCCUACAUUUGCUUGCAUUUAUUGCUGA